AUGAUCCUACGGACGAGUCUAAUCAGUAUUAUUCUCAUUUCCCCCCUCUUAAAUCCAGUCCUAUCUUAUGAUGGACCUAAAUGCUUAUCAAUACAAAGACAAUGGCAUUCUUAUGCUGGAAACAGGAUGAUAACUAAUCGAAGAUUUGACGAAAAUGUUUGCGGAAACGUUCGCAAUGGCGAUUCAUGUUGCACACCUGAAAUGCUACUGGGAAUGUCUGAAGCCAGUGAACACGAAAUCGGUAGGACAUUGAAAAAUCUUUUAGAAACGAAUGCAGAAAAUUUUCGCAACGACACAAUCACUUUGAAAACAUUUGUUAUCGAUUCCCUCGGGACAACUAUGGAACAACUGCAUAGUCAGCUCCGUCGAGACUUUGCUUACAAAUUCCGGCCGCAUGAACAAUUUUUCAUUAAUUUCUUCACCACAAUUCAAUCCUACAUAUCAGGAAAUUUGGAUGACCUUUCUCGACUGGUUACGACAUUUUUCGAUGAACUGCUUGUGAGGAUGACCCAGAUUCUCCUGAAUGCAAACAAUACGGAUGCGCAUGUAAGAUGUGUCGUGGAUGCCUUGAGAUCGAAACAACCCUUCCUUCGAAUUCCCUCAAUUAUCAUAAACAUGACUAUGGAAGCUUUCCCGCCAAUUCGAACUGCUAUUAAUGCCAUGGCUUUUGCUCGGGAAACUCUGAUUGCGGCUUCUAUAACUGUAAGUGAAUUAUACCGUUCAUUUUAG